GGGCGUGUGCUACCUCGGCUCAAACAGGUUUGACCAGCUCCUAACUAUGAGACAAGCCACCACUUCUACCUGUGUGUGGGUCUGUUUCAGUAAAAUCAUAACAACAGAAAGUGGAGCAGAUCUGAACGGGCCUCGACAUGACUGAACAUGAAGACCGUCAGUGAGGGAAGGUCGUAUAACUAGGAGUGGUUCAGCAUCAGCAGGGCAUGGGGAAGGUGGCGUACACGGACUUAUGACUAAAUCAUGGAUUCGCCCGUCUUGUCUAAAGGAGAUUUGAAAGGCGUUUGGCAAACGCGGCCUCGUCGUGCAACGCCGGUGCUGCUGCUGCUGCUCAGUUUUCUCUGUGUCUGCGCCUGUCUGGAGGAAGACUGCGUCCUGGCUACAGUGGGACGUCCGGUCUCACUGCCCUGCUUUCACAAUGAACUCUCAGCCUUGAAGAACGUUUCCAUAGAGUGGAGGAGAGAGGAUGAAGUGGUGCUCGCGUCCACAUGGGAGGAGGACAGAAACGUGGAGGAAUGGAGCGUGAACGGGGCCACGCUCGCCAGUGACGCUCUGCUCACUGGAAACCUGUCUCUGAUGCUGCUGACAGUUGACCCCAUAGAGAACGAAGUGGAUUAUAGUCUGGUGACUGUGGCAGGGGGGAAUCAGACAUCACUGUUGUGCAGCGUGUGCCUGAGGUCAACAGCCAGUUUCAGCUCCCCGCUGGUGCACGAAGAAGCCCACGGAGAGCAGACGACCUACAUCUGCAGCUCCGCUGGCGGUUUUCCCGAACCCACUGUGUACUGGGUCAUUAAUGGCGCCGAGGAGCCCCCUGAAGGAUCAGUGACGACCCAGGCAGCAUCAGACCCAGACUCCCACCUCUACAACGUCACAAGCCACCUGACCCUCAGCAACGCCAGCGUCUCCAACGUCACCUGCGUCGUAGAGAACCGCUUUAUGAACAAAAGCCUGACCUCGACAAGCCAAGGCGUACAGCCCAACUCGGAGGCCAAGGACCCUUCAGAGCCCUUGUGGAUCUUCAGCUUGGCUCUGUGUGUGGCGGUCGGGACCAUGGUGAUUGCGGCUGUGGUCUAUCAGAUCCACCUGGACAGGAAGAGUAAGAGGCUGAAAAAGGAAUACGAAAACUCCAACAGAGGACACAAGAGACAAUUUCCAAACGAGGGGGAAGCUGAAGUGCUGAAGAUUGAGACUGAUGUAUAAAACCCAGAGAUGAUGAAUCUUCAUUAUGAACUGGUUUGUAAAGAGACUUCUGUCGGUGCCUCUCGUGUCCAACACACACGGUGGGUUUGUGGCCUUUAGAAACGAGCAAUAAUACAUAAGAAAUAAGCGAGAGGCUUGUUUCAGCACAUUUCAUUAAAGAUUUAAUAAUGUUGCUGCUUUGUUUGACUUUGGCUUUUUAGGAUUUACAUUUUAAAUCUAAAAAUGCGUAUUGAUAGAUGACAUUAUAUGAAAGAAAUAAAAAAAUGUGUACAGAAUGUGAUUACAUCAAGUACAGAAUACAUCACGAUCACUGUAUUUUCUGAUGUUUUUCCUGAGCAUAGAGUUCUGAGUUUUACACAUUAAACAAACGACUUAUAUUA